CGGACCAGCGAGCGUCUUUGAAAGGAUCUCAAUUUUUAACCGUCCCCAAAAGUAUUUGCUGUAACGUUUUUGCAUUUGGAAGUUAAAUUACGCUUCUCACACCAACACUAAAGUUGUUUGUAGGAGUAAAUUAUGCGGACAAGUCAAUCAGGUUUUGUCUUCAUAUCAAUUGUUGAAAUAUAGUGGAUGCCAUUUCGUGAAAAAACCAUAAUAAUUUGUUCACAUUCGCAAUCUCAUUAUUUUUGUGAAAAUUUUGUUCGCUCUGGAAGAAAUUUUGGAGAGCCAUUAUAAAAAAUUUUGGGGAAUCGGCACUUUAGGUUUUAUACCCAUAAUUUCUAACGACUACGGGAAAUUCAAGUCUUUGCCCAAAUGUCCCCAAAAUAUGGAGAUUAGGUUGUACUUUGUUCAUGUAAAAAUUGUCUGUCAGUUGUUAGUGUAUUGCUUUUUCAUCACAAAUAUUUUCAUGACAAAAUGUUUUUCGUUAUCCAGAGGAUUGUCCACAUACUUUAUUUCUAACGACAUCAUCUGAGUAAAACGGAAUGGGGUGUUUUACGUUUCUUGAAGUAUUUAUAGAAUCGUCUCCUCAAUGCAUGUGCAUUUACACAUCAAUAAUGAGUUUUCUUGUCCACAAUUGACCUGAUAACUUCAAAGCUAGUAAACUAGCCAAUUAGUAGACGUUUUUCUCUCAUCUAGUUAAAAAUUGUGGAAAACAAUAGAGGUUUUCUAGUUGCUUGUCAUUUUAGGUCUGAAAGGUCUUCCAAAAUCUGUCUCAAAUGGGUCCUAAAACUCAUGAGUAAUACUACUUGGCUACAUAACAUUUUAUCUCAAUAUUUUUAAUGCUUGUAAAUCUAAAUCAAGGAUAUUUAGAUGUCUGUCGGCAGGUUUAUCGAGAUUACUUCAUAUUUUGCCGACCAUAUGAGUCUAAUAGUGUACAGGUUACUGCAGUCGGCUGAAUAUCGGUUAUUUUUUCUGAGUAUCAGUGCUGAAAGAUAAAACAGCUGAUGAAAAAUCGUAAUUCAUCGUAACUACACAGAACAGUUUAGAACCAGAACGCUAAACAUUCUAUAUCUGUUUGUCAAAACAACUUCCGUAGUCACCGAUCCCUGUUUUGACCUCACAGCACUGUAAUUAUAACCAUUAAGUGGUUUUUUACAUUAGAUCUUAAUGAGUUUUUUUGGUGUUAAAGGAAAUAGACACGCAAUACUCCCUUACAUUCUGCCAAAGAAAAUAUGCCUAGCUCGUCAUUUAUCAAAAUUUCUUUUUCUUGUUACAAGUGUCUUUAACAUAUCCCACAAACAUUCAAUCGAUAUUCAUACAUAACAGAUACUGUAUCACUACCUUUCUGUCUCCUGAAUUAGAUGGAGAGAUUAUAAUUUAUGGGCAAACUAAUCAAAUUUAAGUUAAUAGGUCUUGAAUUUUAACACGAUUUUCAUUCAUCCACUUGGCUAAAUAGCAAUAUAGCUGAUGUCAGUUCAUAGUGAAAACUCUAAUUCAUAGAGUCAACGUCCAGCUGCAAAUCCUAAUUCGUCACACUAAUUUGUAACUUUUACUUAGUCCUAGUAAGCAGGCAUACACUCUCAAGGCCACUAGCAUCGCUUAAAGAACCUCAAUAUGUUAUAGUCUCACCCCGAAUUUUUCUCAAUCAUUUAUGCCGCUACUAUCACUUUAAUAUCCAUCUUCAUAGUUUCGUCUCGUUGUGCCAGUGGGUUUUAGGUACCUGGUCCGUUGUACAUGUGCCAAGCUCUGCGUUUCUUAUAUCCGACUGACUGUGACCAAAGCAAUCAAGUAAAGGUAGACUUAUUUCGGACCAGCGGUAACCCUAUGAUAUAAACCUUUACGUUAUAUAUAUAUAUAUAUAUAUAUAUAUAUAUAUAUAGCUGAAGUAAAUAUAUUUAAAAAUCUACGAUUGAGCUGCUAUAUACUAAAUAACAUCCUACUUUCACUUUUAUAUGUGCUGAGUUAUGGCUUUAACAUCGUCACGAAUACGAUUAUCACGCACCAAUUACUUUCUGUGUCAAAAAUAUAUCAUCUUUUGUCAAAAGUGUAAACUGACGGAGAUCAGUCCCAUUCGUGUACGUUUCGCACCAAGUCCUACAGGUUUUAUGCAUUUAGGCGGUUUACGUACUGCCUUAUUUAACAAGUUGUUUGCUGUAAAACAUUCGGGGAAAUUCAUACUACGUAUUGAAGAUACGGAUAAGUCCAGAGUUCAACCAUAUGCUAAGGACGAUAUUAUAGAGUCGCUUCACUGGGCUGGACUAACUCCUGACGAAAGUCCAACCACUAGUGGAAAUUAUGGCUCGUACAUUCAAUCAGAAAGAAGACCUCUGUACUUAUCUAUCGCUCAAAAGUUAAUUGAUGAAGGAUUUGCUUAUCGAUGCUUCUGCUCCUCAGAACGACUAGCUAUCUUACGCAAAGAACAAAAUCGUCGUAGGGAACCUCAACGUUAUGAUAAUCGUUGCCGUAAUUUGUCUCAAAGGGAAAUCGACGAAAACUUAGCUUCUUUACCAUAUGUUGUUCGAUUCAAGACUGAUAAUUCACCAAUAGAAGUAAAUGACAUCGUUUACGGAAGUUCUAUCUUCAAUCCACUUAAUUCUGAAGGAGAUUUUAUCAUUGUGAAAUCCGAUGGUAUGCCUGUUUACCAUUUGGCCAACGUAAUUGAUGAUCAUUAUAUGGAAAUCAGUCAUGUUAUUAGAGGAUUUGAAUGGCUUACUUCCACGCCUAAGCAUUUGAUGCUAUACAAAGCUUUAAAUUGGUCGCCUCCAAAGUAUGCACAUCUCCCUCUGUUGCUUUCCAGUUCAGGUGGUAAACUGUCUAAACGUAGUCCAGAAUUCUCUCUUAUCGGUAGUGUUCACAGUUUGCGUAAAGCUGGGUAUAUGCCGUCUGCUGUAUUGAAUUGGUUAACAGCCACUGGAGGUGGUGUCUGUCACGAUAAUUUUAACGAAAAAGGUAACUUUUCAUAUGAGUGGAGGCCUGAUUUUGAAUUCUCUGAAUUAGUUUCUCGAUUCGACUUAAGCAAUAUCAAUCGUCAUAACGCUCAUUUAUCAAUAGAUAUGUUAAAAAUAUGCGGUCAAUUUCAUUUUGAUAAAGCUGUAAACAAUGCAUUGGAUUAUUGUAUAAUGCAUCAAAAGCAAAGUAAUCAGACUACCUAUAAUACUCCGCAAAUACUAGAAACAAUUGAAGAAUAUCUGCAAUCAAAUGUAGAAAACCUGUCUAUUCGUGAAAGUCAAUCUGCUCAAAAUGAUUUACAUGUGUUGAAACGACUGCAUCUCUUGAAAUGUCGCGUUCACUGUUUAGAUGAUUUAGUCGACCCCAAUAAUGGUUUCUUAUUUAUGUGGAAGUCUCCAGAUUUACCUACUUGUGAAGAGGUGAUCAAUAAACGUUUUUUCAAAAUACCUUUACAAGAUAUACUCAGAUUGUUUGGAUUUUUUAUUGAAGAAAUGAAUCAUAUUCUUAAAAAAGAACAAGUGGAUGACAGCAUAGAUUUAAACUCCGAUGUGAUAACAAGUUCCCUUCAGAAUGUCUGCAAACGUUCAGGAGUUGAACGUAAAACUGUAUUGCACCUAAUCAGAUUAGGCCUUACAGGAUUCGAGGUAAGUGCUUAAAUGAUUCAGAGAAAUUUUCUGUAAAAAAGCCAACUUUUUACUGCUAGCGAGCAAUGUAAUACUGGAAGUGCAUUAGUUUUCCACCCAUAAUACUUAUCAUUCGAAAUUAUAUGCACUGUUUUUCGGGAUACGAACAUAAUAUUCUUCACCUUAAAGUAUAGUUACUAUCUUUUAUGUAACUCUAUGUAUACGCUAUUAGGAACUUUCUUAGAAGUUUUUGCCCACUUAUUUACCGAUGAGUCAGUAGUCUAAAAUUUGAUUGAAAUAUAGUGGUAACCAAAGGCAUGAAACGGUAAUUGAAGUGACCGAAUUCAUUAGGUGAUGAAAUGGUCGAGUAGUUUCAAUCUGGUGUUUAAAAAACAAAUUUUACGACCUACUUAGUGUAUUAAUCUGUGAAUUAUGUCGCAUAUAUCAACUUAUUGUUUUGUCCUAAGAGAGGUACCAGAAUAUCACACGACCCACCGAUAGUUGGCACUAUCAAUUUAUUAUCAUUGCGAGAGGUUUGACAUUAGCAAUAAGAAAUUAAUAUGUCAAUGAACGACACGCAGUUGAGUUUGGUGAGUAACAAUGUUUGCCCUAGAUCAUUCCAACGUAUAAAAUUUCUAGCAAUUGCCAUUGGUUCACAAUGUACAUUAUUACCUCUGAAUAUUCAGGUGGGGCCACCUGUGGUCGAACUUAUUCAGUUGUUGUCCAUACCAGAAGUGACUGAUCGAAUAAACAAUCUACAUAAUUUUCUAAUACGAAACUGUUCUUCUCAAUCUCAUGAAGCUUUGUAAACGUUCAUAGUUGGUUUUACUAUUUUUCUGAUCUGUAUAUUUAAUUGACUCCUAUUCUAAGAUCAAUAUAAUACUUCUUGAAUCUAACUGCCUUUCAUUGUUGAAUAUUCUCAUUAGAUAAUAACUCCGAAGUAUUUUUUACUAGGGUUAACGAAACAUCUACAUAAUUUAUUAUUAAUUUCUAAUGCACUGCUUGGUUUCCUCGCGCCUGUAGUAUCCUUGUAAGGAGUGUUGACUAUUAGAAAUGCUUCGAAAAAAGGAUAAAUAUUCAGCUAAUAUAUCAGAUUUUAGUCACAAUAUUACGGAGAAAGGAAGUUAAAAUAUCUAAUAAGAUAGAAAUAGACUUGGAGACUCCCGAUUUAGUCCUGGGAUAAACCGUGUGUGUUGAGAUGUUAAAAGUAUGUCUAUCAUUUAGGCGUUUGACUUCCAAUGUGUUAUAGACUUAAAUUCUGCCCUGAUUACCUGUCGGUUGGUAGUGUUAGGUCUAACGUAACAGACAAACCUGACCAGGUUUGUUGAGUUAAAUUAUACUAACUACUGGCUUCUUAAGGUCAAACACGCAGAUAAUUUUAUGGGUCAGUUGGAUUGCAAAACGUGUUUACUUUUUCGAACCAUGCUGAAUGGUAGAUGAAGAGAUGUCCACUAACACACUAAGAAGCACCAGAUUGAAGAUGCGUUAUUCUCAUAAAUCUAGAGAUUUUAAAGUAGUUUCAGUGAAUCCUACAUAGAUCGCAACUAUCAAGGUUAUUCAAGAACAUCAAAAGUGACCUAAGUAAGAUACUUAAUUUCUAAGGCAUUUGGGUUGUUUAUUUUAAUAUCUGCUGUACAACUGCGCAUCUUAGUCAAGAAAGCAGUACUUCGUCUUGUUCUUGUUUGAAAAACAGUAACAAACACGGUCCAUCUAUUUAAUAGACUUGAUUCUUGUGUUUUAGAUAAAAUAACGAAAAAUACCAAAUCUGUCGCCACCAUACAAAUAAACGUAAAUAAAACUGGAUCCAGUUUUACCUGGUUGACUACGUUAAUGAAGCCUUUGUUUUAUGGAAUCGUACAGCUUUGCUUAAUGUAAAGAACGGCAUUGUCAUUGGAAGCCGUAUAGAUUUUGUUUCAAUUACCUGGUAGCAUCCUUCUACUAAGUUAUUAUUCAACAAUCCUCAUAUUGAGCAUAAUUCUAAGGAAACCGUUUAUAUAAAUACUCAGUUGAUCA